AUGUUGACUUCAAUUGCAUCCGAAUCCGUCGCCACCAUCUUGUGCACCAGCAAGCAGACGCGCUUCGACAUCAAGACGGUUGACUACCGCGAACUCGACAUCGACGGACUCUGCAUCACCGUCGCCGCCGGCCCAGCUUCGGAAGCCGCAUCGGGCGAACCGAAGAAAAAGGUAGCCGCCUCCAAGGCAAAGGCGAAAGCGCGCGCCGAAGGCCUCGAGCUCCUGUCUGAUGCCAAGCUCAGGCUGAAGGCUGGCCAGCGGUAUGCCCUCGUGGGCAGGAACGGCUCCGGAAAAUCAACCCUCCUCAAAGCCAUUGCCGAGAAGCUCAUCCCCGGCAUACCCGAAGAGGCGCGCAUCUCCAUCUUGCAACAGACGGAUGCCCGUGGCACCAACACCGACGCACCCCCGCCGGGGGCUGCUUCGAGUGCUGAAACGCCAUCUCGUGAGCAGGGCUCGGUGCUCGAGGACGUCAUUGAGAAGGCCACGGCGCGCUCCGAUGUCGAGCAGGACAUCCGGGCGCUGUCAGCCGGCAUCAAUGCCACGGAUCCCAUGGGCUCCGUGCGGGCUCUUCGCACCAUCCGCCACGCGAGGAAUCAAAAGCACCUCUUCCAGCUCGACAAGGAUGCGCGGCUGCGAAGUGGCGCCCGCGGCAUGGCGGCGCGUAAGGCCUUGACGGCCUUUGAGAAGACGACGGCCGAGUCCAAAGCCAUGAUCGAACAAGCAGGGGAAGACAUCUCGCCUGAAACAUUGAGGGACGAGACGCAAGAGGCUCUCGACAUGAUGGCAGACCUGCAGCUGCAGGUUGAGCCCACAAGGAUGGCCGAGAUCGAGUCUAACGCCAAAAAGAUCUUGACCGGUCUGGGCUUCACCGACGCGUACAUGGCGAAGCCAGUUACGAGCCUGUCGGGCGGGUGGCGCAUGCGAGCAGCCCUUGCUACGGCUUUGCUGCAAGAGACGGAUAUUUUGAUUCUCGACGAGCCGACCAACUACUUGGACUUGCUGGGAAUCAUUUGGCUACAAAAAUAUCUCGAGUCUCUCGACGACGAUGACGCGGCACCGACUCUGAUUCUCGUCUCCCACGACCGAGAUUUUAUCAGCGUCUGCACCGACUUGCUCAUUGUCAAGGACAAGCAGCUGACCUAUUUCCACGGAGAUUUGCCCACCUAUGAAUCGUCCCUGUCUGAGAAAAAGCUCUACCUGACCAAGAUGCAGGAGGCACAGAACAAGCAGAAGGCCCAUAUCCAGCAGAGCAUCCAGAACAACAUGAAAGCCGGCAAAGCGAACGACGACCAGAACAAGCUGCGCCAGGCCAAGUCGCGGCAGAAGAAACUCGACAACCGCAUGGGCCUGACGGUCAGCGCUAAGGGCGGUCGCUUCAAGCUGAACCGCGACCUGGCCGGAUACCACCUCACGGCGCGCGCGGAAAUCGAUGUGCCCCAGGAUGAGCGGUCUGUGAGCUUCAUCAUGCCGCAGCCGCCGGACCUGCGCUUCCCGGGCGCACUGCUGUCGGUGGAGAAUGCCACGUUCCGCUACCCAACAAAGGUGAGGACCAAGACGCCCACGCCGCCCGUGCUGCAGAACGUCAGCCUGACGGUGCACAUGGGGGAUCGCGUCGGCAUCCUAGGCCUCAACGGCGCCGGCAAGUCGACUCUGAUCAGGCUUCUCGUCGACGAGACAAAGCCGACCUCGGGCACGGUGACGAGGCAUCCAAGGCUGAAGCUGGGAUACUACUCCCAGCACGCGGUCGAGGCGCUGCAGGCGAUGGGCCGCGCCGACGAGUCGUUGACGGCUCUGUCGCUGCUGACCAGCGAGGUGGAGGGCGAGCUCGACGAAGGCGAACUGCGGCGGCCUGCUUGGAUCGCUCGGGCUGCCAGGUCGCACGGCAUCAGACGUGCCCCUGACCAAGCUCUCGGGCGGGCAGCUCGUGCGGUGCGAGCUCGCCAGGCUCCUCUGGAAUUGCCCGCAGUGCCUCAUCCUCGACGAGGUGACGACGCACCUGGACUACGAGACGGUCACGGCCAUGCGCGAGGCGCUCAGUGA